GAAAUCCUUCCAUAUCCAGUCCAGUAUCAUUUUGAUUGGUUCUAACUGCCUUUCUGACAGCAGACCUCUGUCAAGAUGCCAUCCCAGCUGGAGGGUGCCAUGGAUUCACUGAUCCACGUCUUUCACAAUUAUUCUGGAAAAGAGGGAGAUAAGUACAAACUCAACAAGGGUGAACUGAAGGACCUUCUGCAAAGUGAACUGGGAAAUUUCCUGGCGUCUCAGAAGGACCCAUCGCUCGUGGACAAUAUUAUGAAAGAUCUUGAUUCCAACAAGGACAAUGAGGUGGAUUUCAAUGAAUUUGUUAUUUUAGUCGCAGCUCUGACCGUUGCCUGCAAUGAGUUUUUUGAAGAGCAGCUUAGAAAAGAAGGGAAAGGCAAGUAGAACUGUAAAGAUGUUGAAUAGGCAUCUUGGUAAACACCAGGUUAAAAAAGGAUACAAACAUAUCCCUUUUCCUUUGUAGAUCAGAUAUAAAUUAUUUGUCCAUGUAUUUUGUAAGUAAAAAUAGAUAAUUCACUUCAAAGACAAUAAAAUGUUACACAUGUUACACAAAUGUUUCCUUAAAACAAUUAUUUUACAUCACCUUAUAUUAAAUACAAAAUCCACCCCAAAGAUCCAGAAAGUAAAGGAUGUUAAUAAUUCAUAUCUUAGCCAGAUAUAAAUAAGGAUCAAGUGAGUAUAGAUUUUGUGUUAUUUAGUAUAUUUCUGGUCCCAAAGUCUAUUCCAAAAAAAAUUAUUAAAAAUUAUAGUUGAAAUAGUUUCUCAUUUUGUACAGGGAUGACGCACGAUGAGAAACAGUGAAAUAUUGCAUUUAUUCCACUCUUGUAUUGUGAAAUUAUAAACACAUAAUAUUUAUGAGUGAUGCUGCCAUUCAGGAGCCUUGCAAACUGGAUAUGUGCAUUAGGAAAUCAAAUGCUGCUUUUCUUACAUUAUAUAUAGACCUGGGAAGAUGAUUGUCUCAGUCAUUGGCAUGCAUUUGUAAAGUCAACCAUUUAAUGAAUACCACCAAUACAUGGGAUAAGCUGUUUUUCACACUCUUCAUCCUUGAAUAAAUUGUGUCAACAUUCAGAUUAAAUUUCACGUAUUUUGAUUUAAUGUUAAUCAGCAUUAUUCAUAGUAUUGAAAAGAAAAUGACAUGCAACUACCAACGUACACACAGCAAACAGCAAAUGAAAUGAAUGACCAGUUAAUCUGUUUUUUCCUGGUGCUGAUUGAUGGAACAAUAUUGAAUGAAAUAGCAAAAGCACUUUUAGUUCUUUAUUGAAUAGUACCAGAAGCUAUUUCACUUAAAACAGAAUCUCAACUUAACAUAUUAUAUAAUAAUACUGCCACAAAGAAUUGCAAACUGUGAGGAGGAUAACAUGGAAUUCCAAAAGGACGUUGAAAAGUUAGUCGUGUGAACGGAUAGGAGGAAGAUGAGGUUUAAUGCAGAGAAGUGUGAGGAAGAACGCUGAAAGACAAUGUAAGAUAGGGGUUAUAAUUCUAAGAGGGUACACAAUCAGAGGGACUUGAAUGUAUAUGUGCACAGAACAUUGAAGGUGGCAGGACUGGUGGAGAGAGCAGUAAAUGAAGCAUAGUGUCCUCAACUUGAUUAAUAGGCCAGACAAUA